GCUCACCGUCGUCCCGCCCUCCACCGAAGCGGAGCGGGAUGAGCGCUGGACCCCUCGACGUCGGACAGGCUGGACGGACCGGACCGGGAGGACGGACCGGGAUCGCGGACCGGGAGGCGGAGCGCAGCGGGACAUCGUCGUGCUUUUGCGGGGCUUUCAGCUCCGAGAGGCUCCGAAGAGACACCGAGCGGAUCGUCGCGGUGAAGCCGGCCGGGGAGGACUGCUGGCGGCUGCAGCUCCAGCUGCGUUCCGCUGAGGACGGAUCCGCAUCACCAUGUACCAGGUCCAGGGCACAGGGGAAAGGGUCGUUGCCGUGGUGCUGAAGGAGCUUCCCGGUAAAAAGGCAUCCUCUGAAGGAAACCCUCUUCUCACCGUGACAACCAAGCUGGUCGGGGAGCAGCAGGAGAGUCGCCCCCUGCUGAGCCCCUCCAUCGAUGACUUCCUGUCGGAGAGUCGCAGUGACGCCUCGUCAGUCCGACCAAUCAGCUCCAAUGCAGCAGUUCUGACCACAACGCUGGACCUAGUGGACCUCAGCGAGCCCAGCAACGGGGGCGGCAUCGAGGGCAGCAUCGGGGGCAGCACCAGGAACAGCAGGAAGAGGAGCCCUCUGAGGAGGAAGGGAAGCUCCAAGAGUCCUCGGCACCGAGCGAGAGCCGACGAGACGGAGCUGAUCCAGGUGGAGGUGGAACAUCUGUCGAGUCCCAGAACACCUGAGAGGGUCUCACUGGACUCAGUCAGUCUGUCUUCUCCUCUGGACAAAUGGGACGACGUGAACCUGGAGGUGGAGGACAGCGUUCGCAGGAGGAGAUACGAGAAGAGAUGCACCUCCCAUCACUCAUCCAGCGAACUGCUGUGGUCUGUAGAGUUUAAAAGUGAUCCACUGACGAAGAACAACUUCGAUUUCCACAGUUUUGACGAUCUGGACUUCAUAUCUUCAACACAGGACUGUGGGGUGUCCAGACAGCGCCGUCGGACUCGAUCUCUGCUGGCCAGAAACGAAUCUCUGGAGGACGAGUUUGUCAGAGCGAAGGCAGCUGUUGAGUCGGACACAGAGUUCUGGGAUAAGAUGCAGGCCGAGUGGGAGGAACUGGCUCGAAGGAACUGGCUGGAGGACUCGGAGGACCAGCGUCCGAUCCCGCCCACCGUCUCACCUGCCGAAAAGGGGUACUACUUCAACACCAACAACCCCUACAGAGACUGGCCCAAUGCCUUCACCGAGGGCCAGGACAAAGCCCGGGAGGGAGACCUGAACGCUGCCGUCCUGCUGCUGGAGGCGGCGAUUCUCCAGGACCCGCAGGACUCGGAGGCGUGGCAGAUUCUGGGAAUGACUCAGGCUGAGAACGAGAACGAGCAGGCCGCCAUCAUGUCGCUGCAGAGGUGUCUGGAGCUCCGCCCCAACAACCUGCCGGCUCUCAUGGCGCUCGCCGUCAGCUUCACCAACAGCGGCAUGCAGCGGGAGGCAUGCGAUGCCCUGCGCCGCUGGAUCAGCCACAACCCCCGCUACAGACACCUGGUGCAGGAGGGCCGGAGCCCGCUGCGGGGUUCCCCACUGCAGGGUUCCCCGCUGCACGGUUCCCCGCUGCAGGGUUCCUCGCUGCAGUGCUCCCCGUCCGCACCACGACGGGCCCACCACACCUCCACCCCGGCCAGGUGUGAGCUGCAGGACGUCCUGCUUCUCUUCCAGGAGGUGGCGCUGUUGAACCUGGACUGUGUGGAUCCGGACUUGCAGACCGGACUGGGAGUUCUGUUCAACCUGAGCUCAGACUUCAACAAGGCGGUGGAGGCGUUCAGUGCAGCGCUGUCGGUCCGACCACAGGACUACCUGCUGUGGAACCGGCUGGGAGCGACACUGGCCAACGGGAACCGCAGCAAGGAGGCCGUGGAGGCGUACACCAGAGCGCUGGAGCUGCAGCCCGGAUUCAUUCGCUCCAGAUACAACCUGGGAAUCAGCUGCAUCAACAUGGGAGCUCACAGGGAGGCCGUCAGUAACUUCCUCACAGCUCUGAACCAGCAGAGGCGGACUCAGCGCUGCAGCCACCAGCAGAUGUCGGCCAACAUCUGGUCGGCCCUGCGAAUCGCCAUCUCUCUGAUGGACCGACCCGAACUGUUCCAGGCCGUCAACAUCGGGGACCUGGACCUGCUGAUGAGGGCCUUCGACAUGGCCGACGUCUGAGUCCGGGGCUUCAGAACCGGCGGACCACAGUGGAGACAGUUUGGUUCAAAACCAAAGAGACGAUGAAAAUCCUUUGCAGUAUAUAACAGCACAACCCUUUAGCUUCCUGUCGACACCGAGCAGCGCUCUGAGGAGCUUCAUCUGCAGGUCCUCCAACGAAUCCUACGUGGUUCAGACUCACCUUUAAAACCAGGCCUUAAAGCCAUUCGCCAUCCAAAUAUGAGUUUCAAAUGUUUUCACUCAAAGUAAAACACUUCACCGCCGCCAGCCGAGUCUGAAGAGCUUCAGACCUUCAAACCUUCAGGAGGAAGCAGCUUCUAAAAGUGUUGGAGUUCCAGUUUAACUGAAGAAGCUGCAGUGGUUCAGUCACAUGUUAGAAGGAAGUCUGUUUUCUGUUAUAAUUCCUCCCUCAUAGAUCCAGUGUUGGUGUGUUUUUACUAACUCAUCAGUACAGCAGUCCCAUCAGUGUUUCAUGCUGUGUCUGCAGGGAAAUAAAAAUUAAUUAAUUCUGGUUCAGACAUCUCAUAUUUCCUCUCUCUCAGUGCGUUUUUUUCUUGUUAUUUGAGUCAAAUGACAAAAAGCAGCAAAUCGCUUGACAACACCUGAAACUUCCUUUCCAUGGAAUACAUGGAAUAAUGAAGAAAAACCCGAACCCUAACCCUCUGGGUCCCUCUUUGCCUUUUCUUUUCAGUUUGUUCUGCAGCUGUAGUUAAACAUCUGUACAGCUGAGUGUGGUUAAACUCCCAGACUGCAGAGGAUUGUGGGUGAGAACAGCAGGACAGAUGUGUGUUUGGUCCAUCAUAUCUGCCCUCACGCAGCGCUGAGCUUCAGGACAGGAACAGACGAGGCGUUCACUGUCGUACUGAUGAGUUAAACUGGAUCUAUGAUGAUGUCUGGUAUUCAUGUUGUUCUGUUUGUUUGAUUCACCUGUAAAACCGUCUGCUGGUUCUGACUGCACAAAAAACACAACAGAUUUUAUUUUUAGAUUCAUCCAAACGCCGUCAGAGAUGUUUAGAUUUUUUAAUUUCAAGGAUAAAACUAAACUCUAACAGCCUGAAUCAAACUCGGUAUAAAUGAAAUUUAACAGUUAAUAUUCAACCUGAUCUGAGGUGAGGAUAAAAACAGAGAACAGAUUUCCUUCAGGUAAAAUAAAACACUGAACAUGACAGACUGGGGAUGUUAAUGAUUAUCAGUUAACAGGUUUAACUGAUCUAUCUAAAUAUAUUAAUUGAUAAGGCUGGAGAAGACAGUCAUGAUGUCAGUAGGUGUAGAUCAGCUGUAGUUCCUGGUUGUUCCACCAGGUGGAGCCUCUUCCUGUUUAAUCCUGUAGAGACCAGAGGAGGCGCCACUCAAACUACAGGUCAUGUUAAAGCAGAGAGCAUUAUGGGAGUUUGGAGAAAGUCAAAAACCUGAUAUAAAUCCAGCUACUGUCCCGGUUGAAAGUUUCCUUGUGCAGCGAAGCUCUGCUCCCAGUGCUCCUGGAACACUGACACACCUCCUUAUAGCUCCCAUAUUCCUGAAACACAUCAAGGAGUCAGAAACUUCUGAGAAAAUCAAACAUCUAAUCUAAAUCUGGCUGCUAUUCCCACCAGUGUAGUGUUUUUGUGCAGCGAAGCUCUGCUCCCAGUGCUCCUGGAACACUCCCUGACAGCACUGUUAUGUAUCCAGCACCAUCUGCUAGGGGUGUGUUUGGGUGUUCUGAGGUGUAUCAAAUCAGAAACUGCACAUAUAGAAGUCUCAAAUCUGAUGACAUCUGUGGUUGUUAAUGAUGUCCAACCAGAGCUGAUGUGAGAACGUUCUUCCUACACUACCUUCUAGUCGUAGGAGCUUCAGGAGAAACGUUUAUUGAGACGUUUUCCAGUGAAGUCCGGCUGGUUUUUGCUGAAGGUCCAACAAUCACCAGGACCUGGAUGAGUUUAGCUAGCAACGGGCACCAUGACAAAGACUUCUGAGAAGGUUAAUGACCUCCAACCAUGUGCGAAUGCUCUUUCUACGCCACCUUUUAGUCAUAGGAGCUUCAGGAGAAACCAGCCUGGAGCUUUCUCCUGAAGCUCCUACCAUCACCAGGACCUGGAUGAGUUUAGCUAGCAGUGGGCACCAUGACAAAGACUUCAGUUAUAAUUAAUGACCUCCAACCAGCUGCUUCUCUGCUUCCAUGUAUCUAAACUAUGUGAAUUUAAACUAAAGUCAUCCUGAUACUUCUAUUAUUUUUCCUUUUGCUCCCAUUUCAACCCAAGUCAUUGAAUAUUUACAAUCCACUACCAUUUACCCAAUAAUACACACUAAAGUACUUUAAAGUUACUGAAAUAAUCCAGUGUAUCUGCUUGACUGAAUAUCUCUGCAGCAUUAAAAUAACCUGCAUCCUGCCUCCAAGCUGUUCCUGAACGUUCUGCAGGUGGAACCUUGUAAUGCUCGGUUUCACUGACAGAUUCAGAAUAUUUAGGAUUUUACAGAUGGAAGUUUUCCUGCCAGAGCUCAGAGCCAGAGGAGGAGCUCUGGUUUGUUUCUUCUCGUGUCUUUAAACCUUUAAAGCCAUAAACUUCCAUCAGAUGAACUUUGAGCAAACCACCGGAGCGGGAUGUAGAACUCACGAAAAGCUCAGAACUCGCCUGUCAGGUAAUUUACUCCUCCUGCAGGCUGAGAGAGGAACAGCUGCAGGUUUAUUCCCUUCAUCAGGCCCUUAAAUGGUGAAUUACAAUCAGUUUUAUUAGGAUUAAAGGAAACGUGAGACGUGAAGGAACUGUUUCAGGAUGAGGCCACCUGCAGGAAACAUUACGUCAUGAGAGUAAAAUGAAACUGAUGUGUCUGCAACAGCUCUUUGAGGACCUCAUCUCCAGAAGCCUUGUUUUUCUCCACAGCGCCACCUACUGUUGUGGAUGAUUACAAAAGAGGAAAACUCACAGUUUACUUUCACAACAAAUACAAGUUUCUGUCAAACUACUGACAGUUUGAAAACAUUAUUUCACCCAAAUCGUACUUUUUAAAUUCAGUUUAACUUUGUUGCUAAGAGUUGAAUUCUGGACAAAUUAGAGCAGCUUUUUGACAAGAAUUUAACCAAAAACGAAAACGGUUUUCUACUAAAUAAUGUCAGUAAAUAUAAACCAUAAAUCAGUGACUCCAUCAUUGUUCUCCUCCUUCCAGUCAGGAUCUAGUAGAUGAACCUUCAGGUCCAUCAUGGAUCCUGUUGGUCUCCAUCAGUCUGAACAUCUGAACUUUCUCCUCCUUCUUCUUUAAAAACUCUUAAACUGGGGUGUCCCUAUAGCUCAACGAGUUAAGCGGGCGACCCAUGUACAGGGGCUGGUCUCCGACGCAGCGACCCGGGUUCGAUUCCCGCUCGCGGCCCUUUGCUGCAUGUCUUCCCCCAACUCUUCUCUCCCCUGUUUCUGUCUCUCUCUAACUGUGCCUAUGAAAAUAAAGCUGAAAAAAGGCAAAAAAAAUAACUUUAAAAAAAAAAAAAAAAAACUCAAACUUUGUCAGGUUCCUCAGGGAUCCUGAUCAACAGAACCUUUCAGGUCCAGAGUCUAGUUCUCAGCUGGAUGGAGGUCUGGACUCUGACUCUUCCAGAACUUCUAUCUUGUUGUCUUCAAACCGUCUCUGAGGAUCUUUGUCUGUUUGCUUCGACUCAUCGUCUGAAUGGAAACUUGAUCUUCUCCAUGUCUCAGUUCUCUUCAGACUGCAUCAGGUUGUCCUCCAGGAUUUCAUUUACCCUUUACCAGCCUUCCAGGACCUGCUGCUGAGGAACACCAUGAUGCUGCCACCACCGUGCUUCACAUCAUGAUGCUGCCACCACCAUGCUUCACAUCAUGAUGCUGCCACCACCAUGCUUCACAUCAUGAUGGUGCCACCACCAUGCUUCACAUCAUGAUGCUGCCACCACUGUGCUUCACAUCAUGAUGCUGCCACCACCGUGCUUCACAUCAUGAUGGUGCCUCCCUCACUAGUCUCUCUCUAGUAUCUCCUUCAAGAGUCAUCGGCGUCUAAAUAGAAACAGAUCUUGGUUCAUGUUCAGUCCUCUCACUCUGACUGUCCUCCCUUUAAUACCUGCUGCUCUUUACUGAUCCUCUCCAGUAGGUGGCGCUCUCAUGAAAAAGAUGUAAAUGUGGUCCUAGAAGUGCCUCUUCUGCAGAUUCAUGCUGCUCAGUGAAACACUGUUAGAGAACAAUGAUGCGUCUUUACAAACCGCCUGCAGGUGGCGCUCAACAUCACAAACAGCUGCUGUUCCAGUUUCUGCCUGCUGGAGGCGCCACCUUGCCUUUCCUCUAAAACCUCCGGUGUUCUGUUGGUUUCUGUCUGUUGCCUCUCAGGGGAACAUUUUUCAUUUUAAAAGCUGCAGCUCCAAGUAUUUAUCACGCUUCAAAUAUUUAAAGCACAUUUUAACCCAAGUAUCAGAACUACGAAGAAACAAACGUUUGACACGAGUCUGUAGGUUCUUUUAAAAAUGUUUCAGCUCCAGCUGCUCUCAGUUCAACAGACUGAAACAACCAGAAAUAAAACAGGAGACAGUGAACAGGAUGACUUCCAGAUGAUUCCUCUGAUGAUGGUUUGAGUUCAAACCUGACUGCACCUGAUUUUACUGAUUAUUACUCUUUUAUUGAUCUCAUUUACUGAUAAAUAUCGAAUCUUCAGCAGAAAGACAGUAAGCUGUAAACGUUUUCUGGAUUUGAUUCAAUCAGCUGCAGUCUGUUAAACUGUCAGAGUCUCUGGUUUAGUUUUAAUUCUGUCCAUCUGUUGAGAAGAUUCACAGUGAGAUCGAACAGCCUGAUUGGUUGAUCAAUAAGGUGAUUGGUUCUAACAGAUACGUAAAUCCUUCUCGUUGAUCCUGUUUUCUUCUGUUCUGAAUGUUUCUGACUGUACAGAUAAUAAUCACAUGUAAAUUGAUCAUAUUUUAGAAAUUAAACAGAAGCUGAAAAUGUC